AAGAUUCCUAUUCCCAUAUUACUGCAAAUCUUCAGGUUUCUCUUCUGAUCCGUUUAGCGUAAUUUGACAAAAAAAAAAAAAAAAAGGGAAAGAAAGAAAAUGAGGACUUGCCCCUCAGUUGGAUUGCGCAGAUUGGCACUUGUGACAGUUUGCUUCACGGUUCUUGCCAUCAUUGCAUUCCAUGGAAAGGGUGCUUACAGGAGCCAUUCAAGUCACAUUCUCCAAGAAGAGGUUCAGGAUGGAGGAAAGGGUGAACUGGGGAUGGAGCUAUAUCCUACAGGGUCCAGACUGCCAGACUGCUCCCAUGCAUGCGGACCCUGUUUUCCAUGCAAGAGGGUUAUGGUGAGCUUCAAAUGCUCAAAUUCGGAGUCUUGCCCAAUUGUAUACAGGUGCAUGUGUAAAGGGAAAUUCUACCAUGUUCCCUCCAACUGAGCUAGAGAAA